AUGGACCACCAACAAUCGCCCGCGCCGGGCUCGCUGAGCUGGCGCCUGAGCUCGCAUCCCAUCACAUUACUUACCUUCCUGGCCUUUCGAUCGUCUAGCCUCCUAGUCUACCUCUUCGGCCUCCUCUUCACCGAGAACCUCGUCCUCAUAUUCAUCAUCACCAUCCUCCUCCUCGCCGGCGACUUCUACUACCUGAAAAACAUCGCCGGCCGCCGGCUCGUCGGGCUGCGCUGGUGGAACGAGGUCGACCCGUCCUCGGGCGACUCCAAGUGGGUGUUCGAGAGCAGCGAGCCCGGCACCAAGGUCAUCAACCCCACCGACAGCCGCUUCUUCUGGCUGGCCAACUACGUCCAGCCGCUGCUGUGGGGUCGCGCUGGCGAUACUGGCGCUCCCAUUGCACUGGCCCUGACGAUCACAAAUUCCCUGGCGUUCUCUCGGUGCGACAAGUUCAGCCAGGCGUCCAGCAUAGCAGGAGGUGCCUUCUCCGCGACAGGCAUGGCCGGGAACAUCGCGAGCGGCAUGGUAGGAAGGUUCUUCAACAGGGGCUAG